GUGUGAAUGAUCAGCCAAACUAAAGGGUGAGGGAGUGAGUGACUUGAACAUAAGAAAUAAGUGUGAAUGAGUGUAAAACCCUAUGUGUGUGUUAGUACAGUAUUGUAGUGUUUUUACUAAGGUGCCUAACAUUGUUAAUAUUGAAUUUUUGUAUGUAGCCUAAAGUUAGAAACUGUCUAUUGUUCCUGGGGUGAAUGAAGUUGGGUGUGGUAAGUGAUAUACCAUGGGUAACACUGUGCACUUGUGUGUCUAACAGUGUGUGUCAGUGUUCCUAUGUACUUCAUGGUUACUGUGAGUGAGUGUAUAACAUACUGUGUAAGUUUUAUAUGCAAGGCCUUAAUUAGCUGUGUGUUAGUAGUUGUGUUUGUGGUAAUACUGACUGGGAUCAGUGUAGUAAGGUACAGGACAGAGUACAGGAGACCAUUACAUCAGACAUGUACCUGUAUGGGCUGGAUCAGGAGGGGUCUGCAGAAUCCUACACCAGUCGCCCAUCAGAUUCUGAUGUGUCCCUAGAGGAGGAUCGAGAGGCACUAAGGAAAGAGGCAGAACGUCAUGCAUUGGCACAGCUGGAGAAAGCCAAGACUAAGCCGGUGGCCUUUGCCGUUCGGACGAAUGUAGGAUAUAAUCCAUCACCUGGGGAUGAAGCCCCUGUGCAAGGGAUGUCCAUCAAUUUUGAGCCCAAAGAUUUCCUACACAUUAAGGAGAAAUAUAACAAUGACUGGUGGAUAGGACGUGCUGUGAGGGAGGGCUGUGAGGUUGGUUUUAUUCCCAGUCCUGUAAAGUUGGAGCACAUGAGGCUUCUUCAAGAACAGAAAAUGAGACAGAGCCGGCUCAGCUCCAGCAAAUCCAUUGGAAACUCAAACAGUUUAGGUGAUGUGGUUACUGGAACCCGCAGGCACACACCGCCAGCCACAGGUCCUCUGGAAUCCCCCUUAGCUUAUGAUAUAGAUCAAGUUGAUUUAGAGUAUGAUGAGACUGAAGCUCAGGGUGCUCAACGCUCCCCUCUGAACAGUGUGGGGAGUGUAACAACCCCCCCGGCUAGCACCAAGCGCAACCCUUUCUUUAAAAAGACAGAGCACAUCCCCCCAUAUGAUGUAGUUCCCUCCAUGAGGCCAAUCAUACUAGUGGGACCCUCGUUAAAAGGAUAUGAGGUUACAGAUAUGAUGCAGAAAGCACUGUUUGACUUCUUGAAGCAUCGGUUUGACGGCAGAAUCUCCAUUACUCGGGUUACAGCUGACAUCUCUUUGGCUAAGCGAUCUGUACUGAACAAUCCAAGUAAACACAAUAUCAUGGAGCGGUCCAACACCCGAUCUAGCCUAGCGGAAGUGCAGAGUGAAAUAGAGCGAAUCUUUGAGCUGGCCCGCACUCUACAGCUGGUUGCCCUGGAUGCAGACACUAUCAACCAUCCAGCACAGCUUGCCAAAACUUCCCUGGCACCAAUUAUAGUUUACAUUAAAAUCACAUCUCCCAAAGUAUUACACAGGUUGAUAAAAUCCAGAGGAAAAUCACAAGCAAAACAUUUAAAUGUACAGAUGGUCGCAGCAGACAAAUUAGCUCAAUGCCCCCCGGAAAUGUUUGACAUCAUCUUGGACGAAAAUCAACUGGAGGAUGCCUGUGAGCACCUUGCGGAGUAUUUAGAGGCCUACUGGAAAGCCACCCAUCCCCCAAGCAUUAAUCCACCCAAUCCACUGCUCAACCGUACCCUGGCCACAGCAGCCCUAGCUUCCAGUCCCGCACCUGUCUCCAACCUCCAGGUGCAAGUGCUUACCUCUCUAAAACAGAAUCUGUGGGGUGGCCGUGGGGAGCCAGAAGCAGCCCCCCGAGUGGAGGAGCAUGCUGUGUAAUAGAGAGGAUGUAUCUGGUUGCAGGGCUUUAGUAUUCAUCUCCACAACACGUAAUGGAUUAAUGAAUUAUUUUUGUGGCAAAAAAAACAUAAUUGGAAGCAUUUAAGUGUGGAAUUAGGAUAAUAGAAUAAUGCUCUGUUGCUCUCAGAUAAAACAUUGCAAACUUGUGGGGGCUGCAUACACCUAUAUAAUUAAAUCAAUGCAUUUAGCCUCAUAGUUGCUGCUGACAGUAUUUUCCCCUUCCCAGUUCUUCCCUUCCAAUUCCAACAAACCCAGAAAGUCCUGUAUGUAAACGGACACCUCAUAUUCCAACAUGUUUCUUCAUAUUCCCAUCUAUCCAACAUAUCCUACCCUUGGCAUUGAUGUCUGCACCUUAGAAUACGUUGACAUACUGGAGCAAAACAUACCUCAAAAUGUUUGAUUUAUUGUGCAGUGCUGUCAAAAUAUAAUUGUGCCUUCUUUA